AUGCUUAGUACUACUGGAACACUAUGGAAAUUAUUGAUUAAAAACAGCAUAGACUCAGCAGAAGUCUACAAUAAUCUAUCAACAAUCGAUCUACCGUCGACAUCGUCGAAAGCAGUCCAAUAUUUUCAUUUACCAACUGAAUCACAACAUGUUUUAUGUCGUCCGUUGAUUUUAAAUACAUCAUCGAUUUAUAUUAAAAUUGAAUGUCAAAAUAAAUGGCACGAUUGUCCAUUACAGUAUCGAAUCGAAACAGCAUGCGUGCGGCGUUUGAAUAAACCAAAACGGUAA